CAGAUUUGUUAUCCAGCGUAUCUCCACUUCGCAGACAAACCACUAUUUCAUUUUACGAUUAAUACCACUUUACUGUCUUUACGACAGAUUUCUGAUCGGCGCUAAUCCGAAUUUUAAAAGUCUGAGUAUUGUGAUAAAACUACGCUAUCGAAAUCUCCUAGACGGCGGAUGAUGCAUGGGAUUAGGCGUUCGCACAGUUUGUGCACAAGUGUUCCUCAUUUUGCACGUGCCUAUUGGAAUACGAACGUCAGUGGCCAUGCGACCUGUUAUCGAAACAAGCGAGCAUAUUUUACGGUGUCUGGCGUUAAUCAGUUUGGGAGUGUGCGUGUACUGGUCGCGGAAGACUGGGCGAAAUCUGCGAAGCAUCCAACGGAUACCUGUACAAAUGGCGAGCGGCCGCAAUGUGAGGAGAUAAAUGUCUCCUUGAAACAGGAUAGGACCAUUGCACCUAUACGCGCACCCGUAGAUUCCGCUGACGCAUUUUCUACAGCUCUCUUCGAAUCUGUACACCGUUGGAAACGCGAUGGAGUGCGAGGAAUCUGGCUGCAGUUGCCGUUGUCAGCAUUCCAACUGGCACCAGUCUGUCGUCGUUUGGGCUUUGAAUUGCACCAUUGUGAUACUGAAAAGGAUACACUGCUGAUGAACAAAUGGCUGGUGGACCAUCAGCCCAAUUCCAUGCCACGCUUUGCCAGUCAUACCGUGGGAGUAGCGGGCUGUGUUGUGGAUCCAGCAAGUGAGCAUGUGCUUCUUAUCCGGGAUCGGAGUCGGCCGGAGUUGUGGAAGUUUCCGGGUGGAUUUUCUGAACCAUCGGAAGACAUCUCUCUCACAGCACAGCGAGAAGUGUUCGAAGAAACCGGCAUUCAUUCAGAGUUUCAGUCAGUAAUUGCAUUCCGUCAACAUCAUGAAGUGCCUUCCUCUUUUAAUGCCUCGGAUAUCUACGUCGUAUGUCGGAUGCGACUCAAAGGGACGGAUAAUCAGACUGUUCUCCCAACACCUGUCCCGUGUGCACAAGAAGUGUUGGAGUGCCGUUGGCGUCAUGUGGAGGAGGUUCUGGCGCAGUCGGGCCCUGCGAUAACACCCAUGAUGCGCCGUCUCUUACAGCUGCUCCGUACCGGCAUGCGAGAGGGGUUUCAUUCGGUGGACAUGGAGGGUCAUGUUCUUCCAUCCAUAUUUCCCGGUCGUACCUAUACGAUGUUUCAUCGUCCGCUUUCUUCGGCUUCCGCAGUGUGAUAUGCAGUUUGUUCGGUGUUUUGCAUGUGAUGUUGUAAGUUUGAUAUACGUGGUUUUUGCAUUUUUUGUGAGCGGUUAAAGCCAACUUCGCUGCAUCUGUAAAACGGUCUUUUGAGAAUUUUUUUUAACUAACCGGAAGCUAUAUAUACAGCUACGAAAUUCUUGGUGAAAAUGUGCGGAUCUGUGGUUAUUUCUCUGUUCGUCAGUUGAACAUUUCUAAAACAAAAAUCGUGUUGCACA